AUAAUUUUGUAUAUUUUACUGGUGAUGAGCACGUGUACAGUGUUGUAAUCCAGAACGAGUGACAGAAACAACUGAAAAAGUGCCACUUAAAAUUUUUAGUCUAGCAAUAUUUUUUUAAUUCAUCAGGAUGCUGGUCAUUAUCGUGUUCUACCUUCUUACCGCCACUGGAUGUUUGGUUGCAUCUGAAAAAAAAGUAAACAAAUAUGUUACUACAUUGAUUAACGCAAAAUGGAAAGAUACACCUGUAUUUCUGGAAGUUGCUGAGUAUUUAAAUGACGAGAAUCCCAAGUUUUUCUGGGAAUAUGUUGAAGAAGUUUCAAGGCGAUCGGCUGAGUUCCAAAAAAUAUCAAAACCAAAGGAUAAGUACGACUUAGUUAUGUCCAUUUCAAAAAAGUUUCUUACGGAAGCUAGAAUCAGACUUAUGAAAUUAGGACUCUCUCUUAGAAUUUACUCUGCAAAAGUUGAAAUGUUUUUCAAAAUGGCUGAAGAAAAUACAAAUUUUUUUAAUAAUUGUUAUAAUUUUAUAGACGUUGGUG